AUGCCGGCGGUGAUGACGGUUACGAAUGAGUUGGGCGAGGCGAGGUAUGCGAAUCUUCGUGGGAUAAUGGCGGCGACUCGAAGCGGCCCGGAGGUCUUCACUUUGGCGGACUUGGGGUUGAGCGAUUUGGUUGAGGAGACGAAGCUGGAGAUGACGCGGCUGUUUGUGCCGGUGUCCGAGUCGAGCGUGGAGUUUAUCGAGGCGGCGGUACUAGAGGGUCUGGACGUCGGCGAUGUGAUCUUGUUGGAGCAUCCUGAGGCCGGAGCGGAUGGUAUUGGUGGUGUUUAUUCGUUGACGACGGAGUUGGUCUGUGAGGCGGUGCAGCGGAUGGCGCCGAGUGUUGUGCUGGUUAGCAAGACAGACGCUGGCUCGGUUGUAAGCGCACGAGUGGCGGCUCGGUUCGGGGCUGGUUUGGCUUCGGACUGUAUCGAUUUGGCGGUGAAUGCGGAAGGCCGGGUCGCGGUUACGCGUCCGGUGCAUGGUGGCAACGCGUUGGCGGUUUACGAGUUCGCGGGUGACGGGUUGCAGGUGGUCUCGGUUCGCCCCGGCGCGUUCGAGGCGGUUGAAGGUGUGAGUGGGAUGCCGGAGGGUAAGCGCGUUGAGAUGUCGGCGAUUGAGAUGUCGGGUGCGGUUCCGGUUUUGGUUGAGACUGUGUUGGAGGAAAGUGAGGGGAUUCCGUUGGAGCAGGCCGAUGUUGUGGUCUCGGGCGGUCGAGGACUUUGGUGGUCCGGAGCCGUUUGA